CUGGUCCAUCGACGAAACACACUCCAAAGCGCUCGCGCGUGUCGCAUUGCCUACAUUCAAUUGACAACGCGAAUCUUCUUUCUUUCUUUGUCUUUUUAAUCGCGACUUCCUCGAGCCGGCGCAGAUACCCCUCAGCUCUUGUGACCAAGAAAGCCAAGCGCGACAUCGUCAAGUUCACGUUCACUCAACCCCUUGUCGCGUGGCUCGUGACAACCUCGACUUGCUUGGGCUUUUGGCUACUGUUGGAUACCAUUGGUGAUUAUAUACAGCUCUUUUAGUGUUAAAAAUGGCGCCGGGUACUCGACGCGCGAACCGCAGCGGGUACACCGAACACGAUGACUUUGAGGGCCUUCCCGUGCGCCAAUGGCGUCACGAGUGGGUGAAUAUCGAGCCGCCCGCGCCCGCCGAGACGACGCAAAAGAACGACAUCUGGGACGUCGAGCUCCCAUGGGGCAUGCCCAAAGACGCAGGCCUUCUGCCCCAACACAGCCAGGACUUGCUGCGUGCGGCGAGAUCUGGGGUUCUUUAUAAGAGACCCGCGCCCACGGAGGAUGAAGAGGCCGACGCCGACGCCGUGGCAGAGAAGCCGGACAAGAAGGAGGACGAUGCCGACCCCAAGGGUUUCCAGGUCAAGCUGUGGAAGCAGAUCAACCGUAACUCGGAGGGCUCCCCCGUCUCGCACCUCGCAAAGCGCCGGAAGGGUACGGUCACGAUAUCAUCCAAGACGGUCAGUAGCUUUACGCCCGGCGCGACGGUGACCAAGGCAACCGUGCGGAGGGUUGACGCCGCUGGCAACCCGUACACGCAAGAGAUCACGCUGCAGGAGGGUCAGGCGGUUGAGGGCGAAAUCAUCUCGACGACCAUCGUGCCCGCCGCGGCUGUCGACCCCGCGCAAGCACCGCCCCAGCGCGUGCGACGGCCGCCGCCCCCCAAGAAGAAGAAUAAGCCCGGUCCGGGCCGCGGGCGCAAGAAGAAGGUCCUUCCUUUGCCUGCGCCGGCACCGGGCGCACCGGGCGCACCGGGCGCGGUGCCCCCAGCAGAAGGCGUUCCCGUGGUACCCAAGGUUGAAGGGGCCGAAGGAACAGAGACAGCUGUCAAGCAAGAGCGUGAGGACUCCAACAAUCCCGACAGCGAGAUGGCCGACAACGACGACGACGACGGCGAUGACGACGGCGACGAGGGCGACGACGAUGGAGACGAGGAACAACGUGACGGCGAGAACACUGACAGCCAAGACCAGGAGAUGGCCGACGCAUCUCCUUCCGUGCCCACGCCGGCACUCGACGCUUCGACCGAACUGACCGACCCCGAAUCCCCCGUGCCGAAGCGGGCCGCACCACCUGUAAACCCUGUUAAUCUCGUUCCUCCUCCGGCCAUGCAUUUGGCAAACUCGUCGCCCAAAGGCAGCCCUCUCAAAAACGUCGUUCUGCCGUCCCCGACAGAGCCAUCGUCGCAAUUCUCCCUUGUUGCAGAAGCCUUGGCUCCCAAGCUUGAGUCGAAGGAUGAGUCGAAGGAUGAGUCGAAGGCUGAGCCGCGGAGUGGGCCGCAGGGCGAGGCUCAGGGCGAGGCUCAAGGCGGGUCUCAGGGUGAGCCUCAGGGUGAGCCUCAGUCGAUAGAUGUGCCCAUGACCGAUGGACCAGAAUCUCCUUCGCAAGCACCCACCGAACCGUUCAACGCGAACGUUGACCAGCUCUCCACUAUCGACACCACGACGGAAGCUGCCCAAGAUGCGUCGGCGUCUCUCCCUCCCGCUGAAAAGGUCGGGGACAUCGUUUCACCUAUGGCAGAGACCAGGUCCACCUUCUCGCUGGCAACAACGGCCGAGACGGAGGCUUCGGGUACCAGACUAGAAAGUGGGGACCAGACGAUGGCUUCGAAUGAGGCGCCACCGGAUGCUAUGGUGCUGGAUAUCCCCGAUGAGCCUGAAGCAUCUCAGGUCCCUGACGUUCCUGAGGUUCCGGAAGUCCUUUCGACCUCAGAAGCAGCGCCUGCCGAGGAAACGUUGGCUCCUCCCGUUGAAGAUGUCACGGAAAAGAAGGAAACGAGCCCUCCGCUCCCGACAACGAGCAUUGAAGAGCCUCCAGCGCCCGAGGCGGAAUCCGGCGCUCCGGUAGUUGAGGAGAUGCCGCUCGCGCCACCCGUGAUGGAGCAGCCUGCAGAGGUAGUCCAGUCGCCUGCGAAGUCUCCGGCCAAGUCGCCUGCAGCCAUCUUGGAACCGCCGGCUCCUGUUGAGCCCCCUGUGGUGGAACCUGCCGAUUUUGCGCCCGAGAUUCCAGUGGAUGUGCCUGUCGAGGUACAAGUUGAUGUGCCCAUGGAGGCGCCAGCAGCACCCAUCGAGGCACCUGUCGAGGCAUCUGUCGAGGCACCCGUUGAAGCACCCAUCGAGGCACCCAUUGAAGCACCCAUCGAAGCACCUGUCGAGGCGCCGAUUGACGUUACUGUCGAAACUCCAGCCGAACCCAUCGUUGCCGAGUCCGAAGCAAACCGGCCGCCGCCUGUCGAAGUCCCCGUGGUGCCUGAGGACGACGGCCCGGACCUGCUCGCCGGCUUGGAGACGGAGCUGGAUCGCCAAGCCGAGAUAAGCAAGUCCCCGCUUCCCGAGCCUCCUGCCGCACCCCAUCCGGAACCAGCAGAACUGCCUGAGAUCGCGAAUCCUGUGCCGUUGCCGGAUGUCCCGCCGAUCGAGCCGGAGGAGCCGAAGCAGGAGAAAGUUGAGGAGCAGAAUGGGGAGCAGAACGGGGAUCAGAAGGCGACACCUGAACCCGCUACGGCUGCUGAGCACCCCGAACCAGUUCCUGCCUCCGCGGCUCCCGAGGCAGUAGACCCGACGCCGCCGCCGGCUACCGAGGCUUCCCCCCCGAACACGGAAACGGCGCCCAAGGACGAGGCCGAGGAAAAGAGCGCGGGAACAGCAACCGAUGCACCCGCGCCCGCGGCUGACGCCUAGUUGACGGGCUUUCGUGGCGCGUCUUACCGAGGAGCCUACUCGUUUGAUGGUGUUGGGUUUUGUUUGGGUGUUUGAAAGCGCAUGGUGACAGGGGAGGUGGGUUCCUUGAAGGAAAAAGUAUGUUUACGUGUAUGGAGUACUGUUAAGAGUAUGCGAUACUGCGCAAGAGGGGUGUCCGUCGGUGAAGGUGGUCGGCUGUAUUCCAUUCAAAUAUCGAUGUCAUGAUUGAGAGAUUCGACCUUCUACCUCGCCCCUCCGUGUUCACUUGCUCCACAAUGCAGGACUCAGUUGUCCAUGGCAUGGCACUCGUUUAUUAUUAUGCUAUUUUCUUUUACAUGGCUGAUGUACGGGUAUGCACACGUUUCUAUGGACAGGUUUCUAUGUACUAUGGACACACAC